GUACAAAUUUCUGCGUCAAAUUCUCUUUGUUAUCGUGCUUAGCACAUGCGCUUCCAUCGGUCAACUCGCGGUUGCAUUUGCUGAGCCUCGACGUUUCGUUUUGCCUGCAAAACUGAGCUUACUUUCCCCCAUCGAAGAGCCCCCAGUUUCCGAGAUCUCGCUAUCCCCAUUUUCUCGCAGUCAAUAGUCGCUUUAAGAAGCUGGGUUUUUUCGUUUGGAUCAAAUCCAGAAUCCUUUUAACCCAUUCUCGAUUCUGAUUCUGAUUCCCUAUCAAGAAAUUGUUUUCAGAAACAAUGGGUUCUGAUCCCUCUCUUUUGCCUGAGAUUGGCCCCGAUGGCCUUGCCAGGGAAGCUCCUGUAAUUGCCUACACCGAAAAGAUAAUCGAGGAAGGGAGUCUUCAAUUGAGAAAAUGUAUUGAUGAAAAUUUAUCUAAAAUUCGGGAUGUUGAACGGGAGUUGGCAAAUCUUACAAUGGAGAUGAAACUCACAUCUGGACCAAAAAAAGCAGCACUUGAACUUUUGCGGAAGAAAAUAGAAGUGUCAACCGAGAGAGUGCGUGCAGCUAAGUUGAAAGAAGAACAAGCAAAGAAGGUUUGGGAAGCAGCAUCAAAGGUAGUGCAGGACGAGGAAGCAGCUAAGCAAAAACUAUGUGAAGACUUGAAUCAUCUGGUUCAAGAAAGCAGUAACUUUCAGUUGACUAGACUAGAAGAACUAAAACGGCGCAUGGAAGCUUUGAAUUCAAAUCGAGUAUCAACCUCUAUUUCUCAUGAUGUCAAGACAAUGGGAGGUGCCCAGAAUAGCAGAGAUGCAGAUUCUUCUGGAGUUGCCACAUCAACAGAAACAGGUGCAAAAGCAAGUGAAAAUGUCCCCAAUCACAUAGCCAGGGAUGGAGCUCCAGUGAUAAAUGGGCAAAAUCAAAAGCCCCCUUCUGAGACAGAAGGAAGAGGGAAAAAGAAAAACCAGUUUCAUGGUAGAGGGAAAGGAAUUGGAGCAGUGCCUAAAGGAAGAAGCUCUGCGGACUCUGGCUGGACUGGCUCUGGCUUUGAUGUAGAUGGUAGGGCGUGAGCUUAAGCAUUACAAUAUCAAGAUCCCAAAUUGUCAAUAUCAAUAUCAAAAUGGUUUUUUUAUUUGAAAAAAAAAAUAGUAAUAAGUUUAUUAUUUUUGCUACAUGUUCACUGCCAUUCCUUAGAUGAUGCCUUAGAUGAUGCCUUAGAUGAUGGAGUUAGGAAUAUACUAUAGACUGGAAUAGAACUACAGAUUUAGCUUCGAGUUCUUUGGUGUUUUCAUUUGUCUCUUUAUAAUGUUUCUGUGUUGUCACUAACUGGUCUGUUAAGAUGAUUGUUCUAUUGAUGAUAUUUGACCAAAGGAGAAUGGUCUUUAUAA